AAAGACCGAGCAUGAAACCCCAUCCUGAGGAGUGGCCAGCAAAAGCUGAAGAAGUGAUUGACGAAUGGACUAAAACAGGAAUACACCUGCAACGCUUUUCUCUUUUUUUUCCAUAUGCAAUCGUGAAGACCGGGUGUGCGGACGAGGACGGGGAGGUGCACAGCAGAGCCGACACGGACGUUUUCGUCACCUGCCGACGCCGACAGAGCACGCAGAUCCGCUUCAGCUCAUGCAAGAACAUAAAAGCCGACGCACUGCAGCCUCCCACCUGUGACUGGAGGGACCACGCUGCAGGAUUAAUUCAUCGCACUGACCGCUGGUCCGGGACUCUCACGUUGGCUCCAGACAUCCAGGUAAUCACCGUGACGUCCUGCACCGUGUCUUCCUGCCCUCCGACAGACUGCCGAUUUAAAAAUCUGACCAUAAGGGUGAUCGACCAACAGGUUGAUUUUUUCCUACUGUCUCCAGCUCCACUGUACGAUUUUGACAAAGUGCAGAUUGGUUGGUGUGCUGAGAUGAAAAGCCCAUUAUGGACCUACAUGUUUCAAGCCCCAGGAGGGACUCCCUCACAGAAAAUGAUACAGAGUGACUGGUAUGUUAUUAUUGACACCACUAGUGUCCCUGUUCACUUGAAAGGCAGAUGCUCCAAUAACUAUAACUACAUAGUAGAAGUGACUUACCCCAAGCCGGGCACGUAUAGGGCUAAAUUAAUCAGUGAAGGAAAUAUCUUUGUCCUUGACAUUCAGGUAAAAUCAGGGCUAAUCCCUAUUUAUAAUGCAAAGAGUGAAGUGUUAAGUCUAAAUGAAAGAUUUCAUGUUUUCUGGAAAGCAUCAGACAUUCAGAACAUUGUCAGUUACCAAUUGGAAGCCAGUGAAACCAACAGAACCUGGCUUGUAGACUAUAGCAGCUAUGUUUUGAGAAAAACCUCUUGUUUUAAUAGUAGGAGAUCAAACAGCCUCCUGCUCACCGACAUUGUGCUGCAGAAGACCGCUUUCUUAGGCAAUUUCAGUGGCGCCAUCAGAUUUUCAAGUGGCACUGCCGAACUCACUCUGAACACAACCUACACCAAACUGACCUUUGAUCUUCAAACUAACCGGACCGUCCUGUAUUUUUUCAGCAAUUCUGAUGACUUUUCCUACUACAAACAGGAUAGUAGGGUUAAUAAUGUACUGCACAUCAUCUUCAUCCAACAGCAAAUCUUCCUGCACUUGAUCAAAUUCUGCUUCUCCUGGGACCAGCGUUAUACUGUCAGUGUGCAAACGUAUGUGAACAAACGGGACAGCCUGUACAAAUCUGUGGGUGAAUUUGGGAGUGGCUUUGACCUGUACCUGUAUAACAGUCCGGCGCCACAUCUAGACUUUACACAGCAUGCAGUUUGGUUUGUGCCCACCCAGCAUCCCCUUCUGCAGUGUGAAUGGACAUUCAAGCUGCAGGUGCUUUGUGCCUCAAGAACGUCACUCACUUCCACGUAUUCUUACUCUGACCAACAUCCAAAUGCCCUCACCUUUCUUUCAGGUGCCGAGCCAUCAUGGGCGGCUGUAAAUUACGUGGGCUUUGUUGCCAAUGUGACUUGUUUUGACAGUGGAGAAAAGCCCCUAAUUUUAACGGUGACAUUUGGAAACCGUCCUGUAAAAAUUGCAAGGUCCCUGGCAUGCUUCAGUAGGAAGACCAGUGGGUGCUUGAAGGUACUUUUGAGGAAACCAGACCCUCCUGUUAUACCUGUAAAAAAAUCUCUCCAGUUUACUGUUUACUCUUCAGUGGCAGUAUACUGUUCUUGUGUAUUGCAGACUACAUUCAUCUGGAAAAUAUACAGAGUCGCUGGUGUCAGUUCAGUUCCAAAAUGGGAAAAUCCUCUGGCAGCACCAUUCAUUUCCUCAGCUAGCAAAUCCUUCUUGUACAUCCCAAAAUGCUCUCUAGAGUAUGGCAUGUACAUGAUGAAUCUUACGGUCAGCGUCUUUAUACAAAAUUCAAAUCUAAAUGUAACCAAUACUGAUUCACUUUUUGUGGAUGUAAUGAAAAGCCCUCUGAAAGCUGUCAUUAAAGGAGGCUCAUACAGAACUGUGGGUUUUAAUGCAACUUUGGUAUUGAAUGGUUCACUGUCUGCCGACCCUGAUGUAAUGAACCCAUUUGACGGUCUCCAUUUCUCAUGGUACUGUUCAAGGAAACCCAUGGAUCUUGAGGCUAUGACACUCUCUCCGAAUAACGCAUGUCACCCGGACCAGUUUGAAAUCAGAUGGCCACCAUCAUCAAAAGCUACAGUUGAAAUCAUGCCUGAAUUGUUGAAAGGAGGUGCUGUAUAUCAUUUUCGUCUAUCAGUUCAAAAAGAUGGCAGGGAGAGUCAUUUUAACCAAGCAAUAAAUGUUUUACCUGGACCACAGCCUGAAAUUCAACUCUACUGCAUUGAGAACUGUGAUCAAUUGCUGAACCCGUCAAAUAGAUUUGUGCUUUCCUGUGCUUGCAUUUCCUGUAGCACUGACAGCCAGCCCAACGUUGAAUGGUAUUUAUUGGCUGGUAAAAAUGCAACUGAAAUUGCAAUUGAUUGGGCAGCCAACACUACAACAGGAAGAUUUAACAAAUACCUUUCAAUAAACGCUUUUGUGUUUCAGAAGAGCAUAGGCAGCACAUUUGAGUUGCAGGUCAAAGUAAGCACAAGGAGUGGACUCUCAAGCAUGCAGAGGUAUUUCUUCAGUGUUAAUGAACCUCCUAAGAUGGGAAACUGCCAAGUGAUCCCCAGCAAUGGUAUCGCAUUACUAACAGAAUUUGUUGUACAGUGUUCAGGGUUUGUGGAUGAUAAUCAUCCUCUUAUGUAUAAAGUUAAAGCCUGUGUAGAUGACUCCAAGAGGGUAAUUGUAAACUCAUUACAAGAUAAUUCAUGUGGUACAAUUGUGUAUCUUGGUUACAGCUCCACAUCACAGCCUUUCUUACUUCCUCCUGGGAUUGCUUCAGAAGACAACAUGGUGACCUUAUAUGUCCAUGUGUCUGAUCAGCUUGGGGCAUACACACUGAAGGUGCUACAGGUUAAAGUUAAAUAUAGCUUGGGGUUCUCUAUGGCUGCAAAACUUGGUGAAAUUGAAAAAGGUCCCCUUGCUGCCUCCAUUGCAGGAGAAGACUACAUGAAAACAAAUCAAUUGAUCUUUUCCAUUGCAUCAAUUUUAAAUGCCCCUGAUUAUGCCAUAGGUUUGGCCAAGAAAACAGAACUGCGAGAAUCUCUUCUGAAAACGGCUUCCAGCAUUCCUGUCCAUUCCUUUGUGGACGUUAGUCAGGUGGCAUCAAGUAUAAAUAAAAUAACAGAAGUAAGCAGUGACAUAAACAAGAACAUUGGAGAACUAGCUGUGGGAAAACUUAUGGAAAUCACUUUUGCUUUUUUGAAGUAUGCAACGCAAGAUAUUGGCACAGAAAUAACAGAAAAUGUAGGUGGUGCCAUCUUGUCUGCUGUGAGUAAUGUAGUUGAUGGAUUUACAGUCUCUAAUGCAUUAAGUACAGCAGAAGUUACAUAUAAAAUCAGUUCUACGAAAGACAUUUUCACUGUCCUGCAGUCUCUGAGUGACGGGAUUUUGGAAGGAAAAGUUCCUGGAGAGAAUGUAACUGUUUUGCAGUCCAAGAUGUUGAACAUCAGUAAUACGAAAUCUGAGCAAUCAAACAUAAUGAAUUCCUUUAUAGGUGACAGUCACUGCUCAAGCUGUUUCAAACCCAGACUACCAGCAAAUUCUGCCUUUUCGCCUGAUGCUACCCUUUCAGUUUCCAUUUACACCUUUGUAGAGGAUCCUUACCCCUGGCUUUUGAGUGGAGACAAUGUCUCAACUGUGGUUUCAGCCUUUCAAGUCCAUGUUUUAAGAGGAGAUGGAAAUACAACUGAUCUAGUUAUAGAGAAUUUUGAAAUGGUGAUGCAAAACAAAUAUUCCCCUCAAUUGCUACCAAUUGUUCUUGAAAAGGAUAAGUCAAGAGGUUUAAGUGGGGCCAUCAGUUUUGAUAUAAUGCCAGAUCCUGAUGCAGUUUUAAUUAUACAGUUAUUUCCAGAAUUCAAUGUUUCUUUCUCAGUUAACAUUCAUCUCUGUGAUGAAGAUUUACAUUCAAAACCUUUUGCAACUUACUUACUACCGCACAACAAUACCAGAACUCUAGUGCAACAUGAUCAGAGAAGCAACACCAGCAUCCAUUUUGUUGAACAUCAAGAACCGUAUGUGGUUCAGAUACCUCAAGCACUUCCAAUCCUGGAGAACACUAUGUGCAAAGUCAGCAUUUUCAUUAAAACAGCUGAACAAUCAAUGAUGACAGAGAUGUUAAAUGUUUCAGUUUUAUCUGCAUUUUGUUUAGACUUUGAUGGCUGGUCUAACAGUUGGAAAAAACAUACUUGCAAAGUAGGAGCUCUUACUAACAAAGAUAGAGUUCACUGCAUUUGCAGUACUGUAGCCACCACAAAAUCCAAAUCAGAGCAAAUUACCUUUCUAAGGUCCAUAUUUGGGAAGAUUAUUGUGAUUCCCAAUGUUGUGGAUCUCAGAAAAAUUGGAAGCCUCUUUGGGACCAUUCAUAGAAAUUGGAUCACGCUGAUUACAGUCUGUAUUAUAUAUGCUGCAUAUGGGUGCUUAGCUGUAUGGGCUUCCAAAAAGGCUAAAAGUGAUGUAAGUAACAAAGAUCAAGUCAUGGUAUUACCAGACAAUGACCCUUUUGAUAAAUAUUGCUAUCUAUUAACUGUUUACACUGGAAGUAGGGUUGGAGCAGGAACUAGUGCUGAUGUUUUCUGUGAACUUACAGGAAGCUGUGGUAAAAGCAGUACUCACCUUCUAAAGUGCUCACUUUAUACAGCUCUCCAACGAGAUGAUGUAGACACCUUCUUACUUUCAACAGAGACUGACUUAGGAGACAUAGAGUCUGUCAGGUUUUGGCACAAUAAUGCUGGGCUUUCCCCUGAAUGGUAUCUCAGUCGGGUCAAGGUUGAGAACCUUUACAAUAAGCAGACAUGGUACUUCUUGUGUCGGAGAUGGUUUGCCAUCAACAAAGGAGAUGGGAACCUAGACCACACCUUUACAGUCUCAGAUCGGGAGGCUGCAGUACGAAGGCAUGAUGUUUUUGAAAUACUGCUUUCGAUCUACUUGAAGGACAAUAGCCUGUGGUUUUCCAUAUUUGCACAAGUCAUUCGGAGCAAAUUCACCCGGCUUCAGCGACUCUCAUGUUGCUUGGCAAUGUUGAUGAGCAGUCUGGUUACCAGUAUUGUACUGUUCAAGAAAGAGAGAUAUACAGGGUACAGUGAAUUACAGCUCUUGCAGUCUGUCAUGGUUGGUAUUGAGAGCUCUUUAGUGACAGUACCAGUACAUCUUCUUUUAAGCAGUUUAUUUAAGUAUGCAGAAAAAGAUGAAAGUGCUCCCAUAUACUCUCCAUUCCAUUGUGUGGCAGAAUACCUAGCAGAGAUGAGUGGGGAAGCACGGUCAAUCAAUAAGUGGAUAGUGAGCAAUGCUGUUUCUCAACCAAGAAAUUGGAGACAGCGGCUUCAGAGAUGGCACACAUCAGAAGGUAUUGCUGAUUUAGACAAUGUCAAGACUGUGCAGAGCUCUGACUCAAGGAGUGUAAAGUCUUCCUCAAUGAACACUAAUACAUCAGGCUUUCCUACUGAGCUGACCACAGCUUCAAACUGUGUGUUGCCAUCACACAUUACAGAUUCUAUUUUUGAAGAAGAUGAGGAUGACCGUUCCUUCAACCCUAAAAAAAGAAGCAAGCAGACAGUUCACAGAAAAAUAAACACGCCUCCAAGUAAAGAAGCUGUGGAGAAGGACUCAAAAGUAAGGAAGCUACAGAGACGUUUCAAAACCGUUGCUAAAAAUUCAGAUGCAUCUCUGUCCUUCUGGUGUUCAUGUGCUGCAUGGUGCCUCACCAUCAUCUGUACAGGUGUAUCAGGCUUCUUUAUAGUUGUCUAUGGUCUAUCAUAUGGUCCAGACAUGUCACUGAAAUGGUUUGUUGCCUCAGUAGUUUCAAUGGCUCAGAGCAUACUGAUUUUGCAGCCUCUAAAGGUAGCCUUAUUAUCUGCUUUGUUUUCCUUUUGGCCAAGAUGUUGUAAAGACCUGCCUUGGCCCAGUUCAUGCACAGUACGAGAAAUUGACAUUGACCAGGUUCCAGAGACAGCUGAGGACAUGAGAGACAUGCACUAUGAACUGACGACAGUUCGCAACAGCAGAAAGUAUCAACCCUUGAAAGAAGAUGAAAUCCAAGUCAUGCGGAGAAGAGAUGUUGUUAAAAUUAAAGCAUUCACUUUUUGCAGAGGAAUAUGCAGCCAUUUCAUAUUUCUCUUUUUGGUUUUUCAAGUAACAUACACAAACAAAAACACAGCAGCAUUCUUUUAUAACACCUUAAUUAAAAAGACAUUUUCAGAGGGUAUAAGCCAAGUUGAUAAUAUUAAUUCAUUCUACACAUGGGUGAACAACAUUUAUUUACCAUUGCUGCAGAGUCCACACCAAUCUCUUUUCCGGGCAGAAAUUAAUUCCUUUAUUGUUGGUCUGCCAAGAAUGAGGCAAAUUAGAGCAAAUCAGACAGAGUUCUUCAGUGCAAAUCAUUACACAACUUUCUAUGAAGCUGUAGUCACAAAAGUCAGUCACCAUCCUAAAUAUGGAAAGGACCAGGAAGAUAAAAAGAAUUACAGCUAUUCAUGGGAAAUUCUGGACAAUGAGACUGCAGUUGAAAAUAUUAGCAGGCAUUCUGGAUGGGUCUAUGAAAAAGACUCUUUCCCAUGGAAUUAUUAUAGUCAUGGAGAGCAGCAGGUUUAUGCAAAAGGAGGCUACACAGUAUACUUCUUCCCUUCUUUAAGCCUUAAUAAUUCCCUGGAAAAGCUUCUGCAUCUGAAGACCAAUAAUUGGUUUGAUUACUGGACCUCGGCUGUCAUUUUGGAACUUACAAUAUUCAACCCUGAUGCUGGAUUAUUCUGCCCCAUUUCAAUUAUAUUUGAAUGGAAUCCAGCAGGCGGCAUCACUGGGUCAGUAAGAGUCACCUCCUUUGAAAUGUUGUCUCUUGAACAUCUUACUGGUGCUAGGACUGUCUCAAUUGCCACGUUAACAGUUUUUCUAAUUGUGUACACAGUUGACGAAUGCCUUACAAUUAUAUGGGAGAAGGGAAGAUAUAUAAAAAAAAUUACAAAUCACAUUAACUUAAUUUUGAACUGUGUUCUCUUGACAGCUGUGAGCUUCUACAUGUAUAAGAUACGGCUAUCUUCGGACAUGCUCCAUUUUUACACAGUCAAUAAGCAGUCAUUUAUACCAUUUCAUGUCCUGGCUUCUCUUGAUAAGGCACUAAAAACCACUUUAGGACUUUUAGCAUUUUUCAGCAUCUUAAAAACCCUCCGCUAUGCUUCAUGUUUGUAUAGUGUUCGACUUGCCCAGAGAUCCAUCCAGAUAGCCCUGUCUGGAGUCUGUUCUAUGGCCCUUGUAGCAAUACUGUUCUUCUUCAUUUACAUGGCCUUUGGAUACUUAGUGUUUGGCCAGUAUGACUGGAAUUUCUGCAGCUUCAAUAAUGCAGCACAAACAGUUAUGUCCUACUGUGUUCUCUCUUUUCAAAACACUGAGUUUGCCAAUCAAAUGUUUCUUGGGGGCCUUUAUCUGACAUCUUUUAUGGUAGUCAUGAUUUGCAUUUUAAUCAACCUUUUCCAGGCUGUUCUAAUUUUGGCCUUUAAGGAAAUGAGGAAUCCAGUCUAUGAAGAUCCUUCAGAAGAGGCAGAAGUUGUGUCCUUUUUGUCCAAGAAACUCUUGAGAAUGUGGCAUUCUCUGUGGGGCAGGGUGAUUGAGGAAGAAGAAGAGAAUCAGAUGUUAAACAUUGCACUCUAUGGUCAACCUAAUAGAGCCCAUACAGAAAAGCCGACAGGUUUAAAGACAAAAACACUCAAAGGCAAAAAAGUGCUUUAUUUACAAAUGUAAAGAUAUUUUAACUCCCCUUUUGGGUGAUACAAAUAUUUCAUAUAAUUAUAAGUGGUUUUAGGUUCAAUGUAGAAUUUGUGAAAUUUAAUGUUUCUGAUAUGUGUAUUGUCAUUUGUUUUGAAACCCUUGGAUAUAUGCAUGACUCUUUAAUUUAUUAAAGAAUCUUUAAUAUUUCAAGUAAGUUUAGUAGGCAUAAUGUUACAAAAUUAAUAUCAUUUUUUAAGAUGACUGUGUGUUUACCACAAUACACUUACGUCAAUCAAUUUGGUGGUUACAUGUGCCUCAUGGAAUUUUAAUAUUUGGGAGUUGUUUUUUUUUUUUUAAGAUGACGACAAAAUCUCUCCACAGCUUAUUUUACACGUGUAUAUUUUUUAAUUUUAUAAAAUAUAAUUAGUGAUAAUGAUUUUCAUAUGCAGUACAUAAGUUUUUGCAAUUCCAAUUUUGAAGGAUACUAAAUGAUGAGCUUGUGAAUGUGUAAUCUAUAAAUUUAUUAUGGUACUGAAAAUAUUUUGACACAUCAGUUUGACACUGAUGCACUGAGACAUCAUGGAGAUACAUAAAGCAUUCUUAGGUAGCAAAAUUGUCUUGAUACACAAAAAUUACACAAAUACUGUAGCUGUUCUAACCUGGACAACACUUUACUUAUUUUUUACUUAAACUGUUAAUUU